AGACACCAGACUCGGACUCCCCAGCUCCGGGAACCCAAGCCGGUGGCUUGCAGAGCAGCAGGGGACUGGUGAAGCGGGUGGGGGUUCAGGAGGGAGAUCAGACCGCUGAGCUGAGACCAGCUCCCCUCCUUCGCCAGCUCCCACCCCACCCACCCACCCUAAGCCGGCUUUCUUCCUGUUAUUUGUGCUUCGUAAAGCGCGGCUGGGUUCCUGGAGAAGCUGCCUCUUACCUAGAUUCCUGAGAAAACGCGGCCACCCAGUCGACCAGGGCCUAGCCUUUUGCUUCCUGGGGCUUCAGAGAGCCUGGGCCCCACUGUCUGGGAGGAGCCACCCGCGGUCAGCAGCCCAGAGAGGCCCAAGGGAUGAGGACACCACAGAGCGCUGUGACGCCCUCGCUGCAGGAGCCGGGCCGAGCCUGACGUCUGUCCUCUCCAAGUGCGCACCGGCCCCCGAGGGAGCGGCCGGCCAGUGGCUGCCGCAUGGAACGUCUGCAGAAGCAACCUCUUACCUCCCCGGGGAGCGUCAGCUCCUCCAGAGACUCCAGUGUGCCCGGCUCUCCCUCCAGCAUCGUGGCCAAGAUGGACAACCAGGUGUUGGGCUACAAGGAUCUGGCUGCCAUCCCCAAGGACAAGGCCAUCCUGGACAUUGAGCGACCUGACCUCAUGAUCUAUGAGCCCCACUUUACCUAUUCCCUCCUGGAACAUGUAGAGCUGCCCAGAAGCCGGGAGUGCUCACUGUCACCCAAAUCCACAUCCCCCCCACCGUCUCCAGAGGUGUGGGCGGAGAGCCGGACUCUUGGAAUCAUCUCUCAGGCUUCAACCCCAAGGACCACAGGGACCCCCAGGACCAGCCUGCCCCACUUCCACCACCCUGAGACUACCCGCCCGGAUUCCAACAUCUACAAGAAGCCACCCAUCUACAAACAGAGAGAAUCCGUGGGAGGCAGCCCUCAGAGCAAGCACCUCAUCGAGGACCUCAUCAUCGAAUCCUCCAAGUUUCCUGCAGCGCAGCCCCCUGACCCCAACCAGCCAGCCAAGAUAGAGACUGACUACUGGCCAUGUCCCCCGUCGCUGGCCGUUGUGGAGACAGAAUGGAGGAAACGGAAGGCAUCUCGAAAGGGGGCAGAGGAAGAGGAGGAAGAGGAAGACGAUGACUCUGAAGAGGAGAUUAAGGCCAUCAGGGAACGGCAGAAAGAGGAGCUCAGUAAGGUUACUUCCAACUUGGGAAAGAUGAUCUUGAAAGAAGAGAUGGAAAAGUCAUUGCCCAUCCGGAGGAAAACACGCUCUCUGCCUGACCGGACACCCUUCCAUACCUCCUUGCAUUCGGGAACAUCUAAAUCCUCUUCGCUUCCUUCCUAUGGCAGGACCACCCUGAGCCGGCUACAGUCCACAGAAUUCAGCCCAUCGGGAAGUGAGGCUGGGAGCCCAGGCCUGCAGAACGGAGAGGGCCAGAGGGGGAGGAUGGAUCGGGGGAACUCCCUGCCCUGUGUGCUGGAGCAGAAGAUCUAUCCCUAUGAGAUGCUGGUGGUGACCAAUAAGGGGAGAACUAAGCUGCCUCCGGGUGUGGACCGCAUGAGGCUUGAGAGGCAUUUGUCAGCAGAGGACUUCUCUAGGGUCUUCGCCAUGUCUCCCGAGGAGUUUGGCAAGCUGGCCCUGUGGAAGCGGAACGAACUUAAGAAGAAAGCUUCCCUCUUCUGACAUCCCUGCCGGCUCGGCUCGAUUCGGCUCGCCCUGUCCGUGACAGUACCUUCCUUCUGCUGCUUCGAGGCCCUGAAGCUGGGGCUGUGAGACCCUUCCCUACAGUGUCCUCUUCCUCUGCUGGCUGGGAGCAGCGGGAGGCAGGGCAGAAACGUUGGGCUCCAUUCCUCACGGAGAGAGCCAAGAAGUGCACAGUCCCAGAGUCACGAGGCGUGGACUUCCUUCCCCACGAUGGGCCAGGGGGCCUUACCAUUUCCCUGGGCUCUACUGCCUAGACAAACCCAGCCCGGACUCCAGCACACAAUGUUUGCACCCGUUCCCUGUCUGUCACCCCACAUGAGAGUCCCCAGAAGACAGUGAGGAGAAACGAAGGGGGCUUAGCGGGGAGGUCGGUCUGCUGUCCUGUACAGGGGGAGGCGGCAGCUCUGGGACCCUGUGCCUGUCCACCCAAAGGCUCCAGCCAGCUGCACUCCUGGCAGUUUCCUGCACUUGGGCCUGAUGCUUCUCUAACUGGCAGAAGCAGGCUCUACCUGGACCUCCAGCUGGGAGGUCAUCCUCCCUCUAGCUUGUAUGUCCUGUACUUUGCAACCCCUAAGCUUCAAACCUCUUGCUCAAGACCCAAGACUUAUUCAAAGCUGUGGCUAAGAGCAGAGACGCUGUUCACACAACGCCUCACCACCACCAGCCUCCAGGCAAAACCAGAUAGGAUGCACCGUUCUAGCACCUGUCCAGGGACCACCGAGCCCAGGCCUCAGCCUCCCUAAGAUGGGAUGGAGAGUCCCAGCUCCCAGGUCCCUCCAUUGCCAUGCAUCUCCUACUGUGCUCUCUACAGAAUGUAAUUUAUUGGGGCACCCUCUGCUGCUUCCCUGACUCCCUGCCCUACCUAAUUGCACUUCCAGUCCUGUCUGUCCACAUAUGUACGUGUAUAUAAUUAUACAUAUAUAUAUAUCUAUUUUGCCCAGGUCUGGGUUUCGUUUUUACCCAGACCCUGGCACUCCCUGUCCACUGUGUGUGUGAUCAUGCUGGGAGGGGUAACUGCUUGGAAUUAAAAGGUUGCACUGGGUCCCUAAAUCUAUUGUUUCUAUCCAUGCCUGUGCAUAUCAGACAAGCACUGUACCACAACCAGUUGUCUUACCUCUUUUUUUUUUCUUUUUUUCUUUUUCAAGACAGGGUUUCUCUGUAUAGCCCUGGCGGUCCUGGAACUCACUCUGUAGACCAGGCUGGCCUAGAACUCAGAAAUCCUCCUGCCUCUGCCUCCCAAGUGCUGGGAUUAAAGCAUGUACCACUACUGCUGGGCUAGUCUUACCUCUUUAGUUGCCCAGGCUAGACCUGACCUCUCACUCUGUAGCCCAGGAAGUUUUGGCCUUCUUGGUUCAGUAUCAAGUAGCUGGACGCAUAGGCUUAGGCCAGCAGCCUGAACUAUCUAUUCAUUUAUUCUGUUUUGUUGUUUUGUUUGAAAUAAGGUGUCCCAUAGCAAAGGCUGGUCUUGAACCCCUGAUCCAGCAUUUGCCUUUCCGAGUGCUGGGAUCACAGGCAUAUAUCGCAUAUUUGUGGAUCUUAUUUGUCUCACAUAGCUCACACUGGCCUCAAACUUACUUGUAUCUGAGGUUGAACUUCCCAUCCGCCUUGCCUCUGCCUCACAAGUGCUGGAAUACACUGACAGCCAUGGUUUAUUCCGUGCUGGGGAUGGAACCCAGGGUCUCUUGCUUGCUAGGUGUGUGCUCUACCAACUGAGCCACAUUGAUAACCCACGUUUGUUUCUUUAUAAGCCACUAGCCCUGAGACAUAGGGACAGGUGACAUCAGGUUUCAUGUGAGCCAGAGUGGGCUUAGAGACAAUACCAUAGUCCCGUUCCUCUCUAGGACGCAGGAGCAAGGGCUGGCCUAGAGAGACUGCUACUUGCCACCUUUCCAGGGGCUCUAUGAGACAGAAAGCUAUCUUUUGUAGCUAGAGAGAGCUUGACAGAGCCUCAGAAGAUGACCUCAAACACACCGGCCUCCCUAGGACCCAAGGUGCCUCUGCAUCAGGGAAGCCCAGCAGAAAACGUUACCAGGAGGUUACCACCUGGCUGCCAAGCACUGAGCAGAGGAAGCAGGAACGGAGACCUGGUAACUGAGGGACAAAUGGUGCCUUGGUGCCUUGAUGGCCUCUGACUGCCUUGGUGAAGCCUUCUGCCUGCAACCACUAUGGAGCUGCGUGCCCAAGGUGGGGCUGAGUGUGCAGUUUGAUUGGAAGAUCAAAAAGAAGACGGGAUGGGCUUGCACAGGGGAAGAGGACCAGCUGGCCCCAAAGCAAAUAGAUGAGAACCAUUCAAAACAAUGAUUUUCUUACCAUUGGAAUGGAGUUUACAGCUGAAGACUGCCUUGAAUCGCCUCCCUCUGCUUCUACCUCCUGCGUGUUGAGAUGACAGGUGGACACCAUUACGCCUGCUUCAUUUGGGGCUAGGGAGCCAACCCAGGCUUUGUGUGUGCUAAGUAGACACUCUGCCUGAAAGACCUACAUUCUCAGCUCCCGAAUGAACAAUGAUUUUAAGUAAAGUCGGCUUAUGUUUACAGCA